UGAGCACGGUGUUAUACAAUGCGCAUUGUAGCAUCUGAAAGGGGUAAGGGUAUAUAUAUGGCUUGUUUACAUGACCUGUACCCCUUCUCUUCCCCAUCACUACUUCCACCAUAGAAUCUAAACUACAAUGCCUAACGCCGUGGAAAGAUAUUCAUUUCCCGGUUUAGAAGUUCUGCCCAAUGAAACAGAAUACAAGCUGUACGCAUUCAUUUGUCAAAAACAUCCUACUGCUCAGAUUUUGUAUAAACAAACUCCAAGCUGUAACUCGUUUGGAUUGAUUGAUUAUCUUAUUCAUUCAAAAGUCUUACCUUCCUCUAUUACGGAAGUGGACACUGACGUAGCCGAAUUGGGAUUAUUACAAGGUCAUUUGAACAUCGAAUGGAAUGAGAAUGCUGGCGAUCGUCCCAAAAACAGAAACGGAGGAUUCCCUGCAAGAUUUGAAGCUGCAAAUACACGAUAUGUAAUGGGAAGCAGUGAUCCAAGUAAAGGUGCUUCAUAUCUCGAGCCUUUAAAUUGCACUUUACGAUUCGAAUAUGAAAAAGUGUAUAUGACUUUUUACAGAUUCACAGUUCGUGCUGGCUUUGAUACAAACGAAGUUAACUUUUUGGUUUGGAAAGAUCAUUAUACACCCCAUAAAGGUAAUGCUCUCGGCAGUAAAUUGUUCGAUGAAGUUUUUCGUUUUGAACGCUCGCUACGAGAUGAAGUUUGGGUAUUUGAUGAACGUUGGAUGAAGGACUCGAAAAUGUUUGCUGCUUUGAAAGAUACACGUAAAGAUGAUAUAAUCUUACCACAACAUCUUUUAGAAAGCAUGACAAAGGACGUCGAAACAUUCUUUGCGGGAAAAGAAUCAUUCAAAGAUGCUCGAAUUGCAUGGAAACGUGGAAUGUUAUUGUUAGGUCCUCCAGGUAAUGGAAAGACGGCAACGAUUCGAGCAUUGUUACAAGAUCAUCUGGACAUUCCUAUCUUGUACGUCAAAUCAUUUCAAACCGGAAGAUCAGGCACUCCGGAGAAAGGGGUGAGAAACGUCUUCAAUAAAGCAAGAAAUUGUGCACCUUGCUUUCUCAUUCUUGAGGAUUUGGAUUCAUUGGUAACCGAUUCAAUCAGAUCAUUUGUUUUGAACGAGAUUGAUGGUUUGACGAACAAUGAUGGUAUCAUUCUCAUCGCUUCGACCAACCAUCCCGAUAAGCUGGACGAUGCAUUCUUACGAAGACCUUCAAGAUUUGACAGAAAGUAUACGUUCAAUUGUCCAUCUCCUGAAGAACGAGCACGAUACUUGCAACACUGGUUCAUUGAUCGUCUCGAAGUUUCUCUGAAAAUCGUUGAAGAUACUUCGUUGACAACAAAGAUUAUCGAAAGUACAGAAGGUUGGUCUUUUGCUCUGCUGCAAGAAUUAUUCGUUUCUUUUUCCAUGCAAUCCUUACGUGCGAAAUUGCAAGAUGGACAAAAAUCAAAAGAGGAUUUGCAACGUUCAAUCUUGGAAAUCGUUGAAAGUUUGAAUAUCGAACAAACGCAAGCAUUGCAAAAAGAAGCCGAAAAAUCAGCAAAGGAAGAUGCCAAAAAGGCAGACGAAGAGGAAUAAUUCUGAAGAAAACUUUUUAUCUAUUAUUA